CGAUCAGUCACUGCUGCUUCGUUCCUUCGCGCUUCUCUACCCUUAUACAACCAGGUCUAGAUAUGCUUCUCUAGACCUAUCGAAUAUCUGUCCCGCUCGCCUGUCUAUACAAGCGGGCCUGUCUUUCUCUCGCUUCUUUUGUUGGGGUCUCAAUCGCUCGUACCAGUUCCUGAUCGUCCCUGUCGCUGCGUUUUACUGCUGACUGCUGUGGCUGUGGCGGUCUUGCAUCUCCUCAUUUCUCCGUUAACUCUCAGCGCCGAAGAGGUGCCUUCUUUUGAUCUCUAUCCGUCUCUUCUUGUUUUUCUUUUUCAGCCGUCUAUCUCCGCUCUCUUUUCUCACUUUACUCUUCCACCCGAGAUUCGUGAACAAACUUCGGGUUCGCUUUGAGUUUGUCUUUCAGGAUCAACUCCCUCCUCCCUUGAUACACCAGACCGCCGCCUUCACAAUGUCCUGGAAGCUUACUAAAAAGCUCAAGGAGACGCACCUUGCUCCUUUAACACAAACAUUUACACGUUCCUCCUCCACAUCUACUAUCAAGGGUGAUUCUGGCGAGGAAGCACAGGCCCCUGCACAGACUCCGACUAUUUCCUCGAGCGCCUCCUCCAAUGGAAUUGCUGCCUCGGAAGCACUCGUUUCUCCUCCCGUGGCGCCCGUAAAGCCCGGGAUUUUGAUAGUCACCCUACACGAAGGCCGCAGCUUUGCUCUUCCGCAGCAUUAUCAACAAGUUUUCAGUUCACACAUUCAGAAUGGCUAUUCGAUGCGCCCUAGUUCUUCAUCUUCUCACUCGACGCAUUCGCAGUCCAGUUCGUUUGUGCCGAGCAACCGUCCUCAAUCCACAAGUUCGGGCAUCAACGCGGCUCCCACUAUUCACGGUCGGUACUCAACCAAGUACCUUCCGUACGCCCUUCUUGAUUUUGAUAAGAAUCAAGUCUUCGUCGAUGCGGUCUCAGGGACGCCAGAAAACCCACUUUGGGCAGGCGACAACACCGCAUUCAAGUUUGAUGUGUCUCGAAAGACUGAUCUGAAUGUUCAAUUAUAUCUCCGCAACCCUGCUGCUCGGCCAGGUGCCGGCCGGAACGACGAUAUCUUUUUGGGUGCCGUCAAGGUUCACCCUCGAUUCGAGGAGGAAAUUCAGCCUUACAUUGACGACCCAAAGCUGAGCAAAAAGGACAACCAGAAGGCCGCUGCCGCUCACGCCGAACAGGAACGCGCACUUGGGCAAGUUGGUGCCGAAUGGCAUGACCUCCAAUUCGGUUCUGGUUCACUCAAAAUUAGCGUGUCUUUUGUUGAGAGCAAGCACCGUAGCCUAAAAUUGGAGGACUUUGAUUUGCUCAAAGUGGUUGGCAAGGGCAGCUUCGGAAAGGUCAUGCAGGUUAUGAAAAAGGACACGGGCCGUAUCUAUGCUCUCAAGACCAUUCGUAAAGCACACAUCAUUUCACGGUCGGAAGUCACGCACACUCUCGCAGAAAGAUCCGUACUUGCGCAGAUUAACAAUCCUUUCAUCGUGCCUCUCAAGUUCUCCUUCCAGUCACCUGAGAAGUUGUACUUUGUUUUGGCCUUUGUGAAUGGUGGAGAGCUGUUCCAUCACCUUCAACGAGAACAGCGAUUCGACGUUAACCGUGCUCGUUUUUAUACUGCCGAGCUGCUCUGCGCUCUCGAGUGCUUGCAUGGCUUCAAGGUCAUCUACCGCGACCUGAAACCCGAGAACAUCCUUCUUGACUAUACUGGACAUAUCGCUUUGUGCGACUUCGGACUGUGCAAACUCGACAUGAAAGAUGAGGAUCGGACAAACACAUUCUGCGGUACUCCGGAGUACCUUGCACCAGAGCUCCUCCUCGGUCAAGGUUACACCAAGACUGUCGACUGGUGGACUCUGGGCGUACUUCUCUAUGAGAUGUUGACGGGCCUCCCACCGUUUUAUGAUGAAAACACAAAUGAUAUGUACCGAAAGAUCCUUCAAGAACCUUUGACCUUCCCAAGCAGUGACAUCGUGCCUCCAGCUGCACGAGACUUACUUACUCGACUUCUUGACCGUGAUCCUAACCGCCGACUGGGUGCCAAUGGUGCCGCGGAGAUCAAAUCUCACCACUUCUUUGCCAACAUCGAUUGGCGUAAGUUGCUCCAGAGGAAGUAUGAGCCGAGCUUCAGGCCCAAUGUGGCUGAUGCCCGCGACACUAAAAAUUUCGAUGCCGAGUUUACAUCCGAGGCUCCAAAGGAUUCAUAUGUGGAUGGGCCCAUGUUAUCUUCGACUCAACAACAGCAAUUCGAGGGGUGGUCUUACAACCGUCCCGUUGCUGGUCUCGGCGAUGCAGGCGGCAGUGUCAAGGAUCCAUCAUUCGCCAGUAUCCCUGAGGAUUCUCGAUUCUAA